AUGAGAGAAGCGGAUGAUUACAGUUCUCGCUGGGCGUUAAUGAUCAAUGCGCGCAUAAGACAGAAAAUCGGCAGGCACAAGUCGCUGCUUAAUGAGUAUGAUGAAAAUAUGGAGAGCGGACGUCCGAUUUACAUUGUAGAAUACAGUGUAUAUUCUACAAUAUUUAUAUUGUACUCUGAAUCAAUGACGUAG